AUGACCGAUAACAUGAGGAAAAAGUCUGUGAUACAGAUGACUUUUCUCAUGGCACUCUUAACAGCGUCAAUGACACUUCAGAUCAUCAUGGACGUGCCCAUUAUUAUCUCAAACCCAACCGAGUCGUGGAGGACUCUGAGUUUUGAAGGUUUCUGCAUCAUCAAGUACUAUAUACCAGGGCUUUUACUAAGCGUUGCCUUUCUGUACAUUAUGCGGCGCGUGGAACAGCGCGAGUCCAAGCGAAUGGUUGUGAUAGCCAAUCAAUCGAUAAUCGAGUUUGUUGAGUGCUCGUCACCGGGCUGCGUUUGGUGUGCGCAUCAUCGUCGGUAUCAUUCAGAUCGGAUGAAGUGGGAUAUCACGCUUAUGUCGUCAUUUUCACCACGAACGAUUGACUCGAGCUACCACUCGUCUACUCAAGCAAAUUUAUCGCAAAAUUCUUGGUCCUCACGGAGCUUGCAUGGGGUGCCACCUUCGCGUCAAAGUCGUGAUAGUCUCUAUUACCUGCACAAAGCCUACCAAGCGCACCAUAUUCCUUAUCAAGCGUAUCAAGCGCGAGAAAAUAGUUCAUUUUCGUUUCCGACACACGGAGACUAUGAGCAUCCCUUAGACAUUUCAGUAAGCAAUAGAGCACUUCACUGUUGA